AUGCCCUCAGGAGUAACUGCAGUUGAUGAUCCCACACCCUUUCACAUUCAAGCAGAGGAAACACUGAAAACCAACUUUUUUGGAACCAGAGAUGUCUGCAAUAUGUUGUUACCGCUCAUAAAACCACAUGGCAGAGCGGUGAAUGUAUCCAGUUUCAUAAGUGUUCGGACACUCAAGAGAUGUAGCCAAGACCUGUAGCAGAAAUUUCGCAGUGACACAAUCACUGAGGAGGAGCUAGUGAAGCUCAUGACGAAGUUUGUGGAAGAUACCAAGAACGGAGUGCAUGAGAAGGAGGGCUGGCCGAAUACUGCUUAUGGUGUGUCCAAAAUUGGAGUCACGGUCUUGUCCAGAAUUCAAGCUCGGAUGUUGAAUGAGGAAAGGAAAGCUGAUCAAAUUCUUCUGAAUGCCUGUUGCCCUGGAUGGGUGAGAACCGACCUGGCAGGUCCCAAUGCCCCUAAAAGUCCAGAUGAGGGAGCCAGGACUCUAGUUUACUUAGUGCUUUUAGCCCUUGAGGCUGAUGGGCCUCACGGGCAGUUUGUUAGUGAAAAAGCUGUACAGACUUGGUGAACAGCAAUUUUUGGGUGUGUCUCUCUACAAGUGAUAAUGAGAUUCUGUCCCUCCGUAGAUGUUCAAGGGUGAAGUUACAAAGAGUUCUCUUCCCAUCCACCAGUAACAAAUCACUGUGAAGCUUACAAGCAUGGUACUAAUCUAACUUCAUGCUUGACACUAGACACCCUUCACCAAAACAGCCAGUGGAGCUGAACCAUUGUGUAGUAGGUGGAGGGGGCACGUACUGUAUCCUUUCAUGGGGUAGUAGAGAUUCUCCAUAAAACUAUGAUUGCUGCUUGGCUUUUUCUCUUAUCCGCCUAACACAGGCCAUGUUUUAAAGCCACAAUCUGGGCCACAAUCUGGGUGUUUGUAAAAUGCAUUGCUAUAUGACAGAAUUAGGCAACAUAUUUGCUAUGAUUUAACACUAAUAACAGUACAAGUCACUAAAUUGUUUUAAUAUUAAUGUAUAUGUAACUCUAAUAUGUGAUUACUUUUUGAUUUAAAACCAUAAAUUCAUCUUAAGGUUGAGGGCAUGCACCCUAAUAUGCACAAAUUAUUAUUACACACAGUUUAUUACAAAAUCAUUUAAGUUAG